UGUUCCCACUCAUGAAGAGUUAAAGACUGAAUUUAUCCUGUGUGUAAUGGUAGAAGAUGAUCCUGAUGAUGCAGAUUUUGAACCUGAUUAUGGCAUUACAAGUGAACGCACAUUGAAAAAGGAUAAAAAUUGGGGAGGUGCAGAAUCUGAAGAAGAAGAUGACAGUGAUAAUGAGCUGGAUAUGUCUGAUGAAGAUGAUUCUUAUUAUGCAAGGAAAUCAAAAAGUAAACAACGUGGUAAAGGUGGACAUAUUGUUAAAUCUACCAGAGAACGUAAAUUGUAUCAGGGAUCUGGUCGGCAGCGAAGAGGUAAAUCAUCAUUUGAAGAUGAUGAGUCUUUGGGGGAGGACUCUGAAAGUGACAAUGAUGUCGGUUUCAAAAGCACGAGGAAAGGUUCACAUCAACGGAAAACUAGUGGUCGAUCUACUUUUUUGAUAAAUGCAACUGGACGAAACAACAAGGUACGCACUUCUAGUAGGUCUGUGCGGAAGGUGUCGUACGUUGAAAGUGACGAAAGUGAGGAUGCCGAUGAAAGCAAGAAGAAAAAUCUCCAAAAGGUGCAGUCUAGUUGCGUACCAGUAAGAUUAUUUAUUUCUUUUGCUUGCACCUAUUUAAGAGAUUGUACUAUCUAGUUCCUUGGUUCUUCACUUGCAAACUACAAAGCUUAUGAUUUUUGAUAGUUCAGGGGUGAGAGAAGAUAAACUCUUACAUGGGACUUAUCAUGGAAUAUCUUGUUUGCGUUACUAUAUCUACAGAGGUCAUUUGAUG